AUGCGCUCCGGACACUGCCCGAAUAGCUUCGGGAGCGCGGGGAGGUCACAAGAAGGAAAUAUACACGUCCCUAAAACAGGAGGUGCCUUGCACCUCAGUAUUCCAGACCCCUACAUUUGCAAAUCUUGAGAGUCACCACCUAGGUCGAACCUCAGUACACAAACCAAGGACCAAAGCUCCAGGCUCAGGGACGCUGAAUGUUGUCCGUUAAACCGUGAUCACCAAGGCAACCAGAUGUCUCGAGCCUUCCAACCGCCUGUUUCCAGUUUCCGGAGAACGCGUUUCACACGAGAUUUGACCUGCGGGACGCUUCGUAGUCAGGGAUGCAACCGAGCAGAAGCCACAGAAGGAUUUUGGAUUGCGAUUGGUUCGCAGGACGUGUUCCCGGAACUCAGUGAGCGCCGCGCGAAGGCUGAAGGGAGCGGGGUGGUCGAACCCGGUGUUGAUCCGCCGGUAGCACCCGGGACCCGGAGCGCCGGUAUGCCUCGGUAUGCGCAGCUGGUCAUGGGCCCGGCAGGCAGCGGGAAGAGCACCUACUGCGCCACCAUGGUCCAGCACUGUGAAGCCCUCAAUCGAUCCAUCCAAGUUGUGAACCUAGAUCCUGCAGCAGAACACUUCAACUACUCCGUGAUGGCUGACAUUCGGGAACUGAUCGAGGUGGAUGAUGUCAUGGAGGAUGACUCUCUGCGGUUUGGUCCCAAUGGAGGACUGGUAUUUUGCAUGGAAUACUUUGCCAAUAAUUUUGACUGGCUAGAGAACUGUCUUGGCCAUGUAGAGGAUGACUAUAUCCUUUUUGACUGUCCAGGUCAGAUUGAGUUGUAUACGCACCUGCCUGUGAUGAAACAACUGGUCCAGCAGCUGGAACAAUGGGAGUUCCGAGUCUGUGGAGUUUUUCUCGUUGACUCUCAGUUCAUGGUGGAAUCGUUCAAGUUCAUCUCUGGCAUCUUGGCAGCCCUGAGUGCCAUGAUCUCUCUAGAAAUUCCACAAGUUAACAUCAUGACAAAAAUGGAUCUGCUGAGUAAGAAAGCUAAAAAGGAAAUCGAAAAGUUUCUAGAUCCAGACAUGUAUUCUUUAUUAGAUGAUUCUGCAAGUGACUUAAGAAGCAAAAAAUUUAAAAAAUUGACUAAAGCCAUAUGUGGACUGAUUGACGACUACAGCAUGGUUCGAUUUUUACCCUAUGAUCAAUCAGAUGAAGAAAGCAUGAACAUUGUGUUACAACAUAUUGAUUUUGCCAUUCAGUAUGGAGAAGACUUAGAAUUCAAAGAACCAAAGGAACAUGAAGAGGAGUCGUCUUCUAUGUUUGAUGAAUAUUUUCAAGGACACCAGAAUGAAUGAAGAGUUUUUAAAAUAGUAACCAUAUAUGGGAAGCACUGUGGCUGAACCAGCAAGACAUGGUUCUCUUCGAAGGAUGCAGUACUAGAAAGCUACUUAUUUCAGUGAAGAAAGUAAUACUUGGCUCUUUAGCAGCAGCAUGCCCGGAUCAAGCUCUAGCUGUUCUUCAAAGGCUGGUGUUUCAGGUGGAAUGUUGUAGUAUCAUUUUAACAACAUCAAUGCAGAUUUUAAAUGUUGGAAUUUAAAUGAAUGCACAUAGACUUGUAUAUAGUAUGAAUGAGCACCUGGGGUACGCUUAGGACCCAGUCUGCUUUUAUUUCUAUUGUUGGAUUUUUGUUACUUUUGAAGGUUUUUUUUUUUUUUGAGAGGCAGGAAUUAUUGUAACAAAAUAUACAUGUGUGUCCAAAGGUAAAAAAAAUCUAGAAGGAUAUAGUUAAGACCUUUGCUUAUCUAUAUCUCUGAGUUUUACUACAUUGAAAAUGUAUCAUUUGUGUAAUUAAAGAAUGAAAAGUAACUUAAAAUAUAAAUGUAUGUAAAUAAAUAAAAGAAAUAGAAA